AUGGAUAAACAGACUAAUCAACUGGAAGUGAUCACGCCCGAACAGGCCGCCAAACAUGUGGGCAUGCCGCUGCACACCAUUGCAUUCAGUGAAUUUGUUGAUGUUCAGGAAGUAAACUGGGAACGAUUUUCAAGCAAACUGAAAACGUUCGAUUCGAACCUGACCAUGAAAGAGGACGGCAUUGAAAUGUUCGAUGGUGAAAUUACUGUAACAGCUGUGGCGGGCAAUGAAAAGAAGGUCGAAGUAACAUGGGAUGAACCACGUGAACGAUGGUCUGUACUGGUGAAAAAUGCACUUCGCGAAGAAUUCGAUUUGUAA